AUGAUAACGAAGGCAGUAGAAGCUAGUGGAACAGUUACUAUUACAACUGUAACCCAGCAACUAUUUCGAACAAAGAUGGAUUUUAAUGAAUGUUUUAUUCAUCCAAAGUCAUUCUCUUUAGACCCUAACAUUUAUACAGAACUUGUAGAACAUUAUACAAACGAGGCUUUAUGUUUUCCUGUUAAAGUUAUGGAUUGGAUUCCUAUGGACGGUUCAUUCUCAAAGAAUACAGAUAGUUCAAGUGCAACAUUUACAGCAGCUUAUACGCCUAUUAAUGUUAAAAGUAUUUGGGCACUAUUUAGAAAGAAAGACAACUAUUAUGUUAAUUUUGAGAACCCUAAGUUUAAAUAUCUUCAGCUUUCCAUGGGAGCUUAUGGAAAUAUGCCUGCAGAACCUGAAAAAUCAUAUGGACCUGUAUUUUAUGAAAUGGUUGCGAACGCUUGCAAUACAAACAAUGAUAUGAUAGGAUUUAAUGAAGAUGUUAUGAGGUCAUUGGUGGAUGAUGGUAGUGUGGAACAUAAAUGGGAUAGCUAUGACAACACACAUUUCUUAUGUGGUUUUCCAACAGAAGUGGACUUUUGCUUCCAGCAAGGUCAAACAUCUACUGCUCCAAUAACAUACAAAUUGUCUGUUAAAGGACCUAUUGAACUAGCAACUGAAAAUGUACCAAAGCCACUUAUUGGAUUUAUGAGGGAUUGUUGCUUUGCCAUUCAGGUGCGUGCUAAUGGAAUCCCAAUAAUAAGAUUAGAUGACUAUAACUUAGCUACGGACGACAGUGAGGAAUAA